CUUACUCAGUGAGCCAUAGAAAAGCCCCAUUUCCUCUUUAUUCCAUUUGUUUGGGCCUGACCAAUUAUUGGCCGGUUGAUUUACCAGCAGUAUGAGCCCGGGCAACAAACGACACUCUUCACAAACCAAAACGGCAUUGCUGAAUGGAGGCGGGGGACGAUGAUCCUUCUUCGUCUCAAAUUUCAAUUCGUCGCCCUGUGGCUGUGCAAAGCUUCUAUCUAUCCUUUCAAUUUCGGCGUCACACCAAGCCGAAGCUCAACUACAAAGCGCCUCAAGACGAAUUCCCAGCGUAGAGGUCGCCCCUCCCGUCUACACGAAUGUGGAACGCCAUUCCCUAGCAGAAUAAACCAGCGGCGCCUGAGAACUAGCUUACGCCGAUUUUUGGGUGUAUUUCCUUACAAUGAAUAGAACCCUAUUUAGAGUGUUUGGCCCAGCUUGAUUUACUGAAUUUGGUUCCCCUUCUAGUGAAAAGUUUCCCCAUUUACGAUGUUCCUGAGUUCUCUGUUUGCUUUAUGAAUACCAGAUGCCUGAAAAGACUGUCAAUGGCAUGUGUGUGCUCAGUAGUUGUUGGCCGAGCCCCAGCUUGUGGACUGCUGACUUUAGUUCCUCGUUUCAGCUCCACUACCAGAGUUGGGUAUAGAAAGCUGCGCAAGAAUCAUCAGAGCCCUCGACGCUCUAAGCUUCCCCCGGAUUUUGGGGUCAACUUGUUCCUCAAGAAGCCAACUACUGAGUCUCUUUUGAUACAUGACAAUGGUGAUUCUUCUGACGAUGAGGAAGAAGCUGAAGCUGCAGGUGAGGUUGAGGAAGAUGGGAACCAUGAGGACCUUAUUGAUUGGGAACAAGACGAGAUUGAAGCAAUAUCCUCCCUCUUUCAGGGUAGGAUCCCUCAAAAGCCAGGCAAGUUGACCAGAGAAAGGCCAUUGCCACUUCCCCUUCCUCACAAGAUUAGGCCUUUACGACUCCCUACCCCGAAGAAGCGAUAUAAGUUUGUCCCUCCGAAGUCAGCUGUUUCAACCCCGUCGUCAAUUUCCAAUCAACUUCACAAGAACCCAGUUUUUCUCAUUGACUUGGCUAAACGGAUUAGUGGCCUUAAGACUGAUGAAAAUGCAUCUCUUGUUCUAAAGAAGCAUGCUCGCUUUCUCAGUAAAGGUUCGUUAUCUUUGACUAUUCGAGAGCUGGGUCACAUGGGUCUCCCUGAGAGAGCACUGGAGACAUUUUGUUGGGCUCAGAAUCAACCUGACCUUGUCCCUGAUGAUAGGAUUUUGGCUUCUACUGUUGAAGUGUUAGCACGGAAUCACGACUUGAAAGUACCAUUUGACUGGCAGAGCCUCACUACUUUGGCAAGCCGAGGUGUCAUGGAGGCAAUGAUUAGGGGAUUCAUUAGAGGUGGAAAGUUACAGCUCGCUUUGAAACUUGUCUCCGUUGCUAAGCGAGACAAUAGAGUGUUGGAUGCAGGUAUAUAUGCCAAGUUAGCCCUCGAGUUGAUAAAGAAUCCAGACAAACACUCACUUGUAGCAGAGUUACUGGAGGAGCUUGGAAAUAGGGACGCAUUGAAUUUAACCCAGCAGGAUUGCACUGCUCUCAUGAAAGUCAGCAUUAGGCUUGGGAAAUUUGAGAUUGUGGAAGGUCUUUGUGAUUGGUUUAAACUAUCAAGAAGGGAACCAAGUGUGGUUAUGUACACAACUUUGAUCCACAGCCGGUACACAGAGAAAAAGUAUCGGGAUGCGCUGGCUGUUGUCUGGGAAAUGGAGGGUUCAAAUGUUCUACUUGAUCUCCCGGCUUAUCGUGUGAUUAUAAAGAUUUGUGUUGCCUUGAAUGAUCUGCAAAGGGCUUCCAGAUAUUUUUCGAAACUCAAGGAAGCAGGUUUCUCCCCAACUUAUGAUAUGUACAAGGACUUGGUUAAAGUACAUAUGGCUUCUGGAAGACUGGCAAAGUCGAAGGUAAUCUGGAAGGAAGCAGAGGUGGCUGGGUUCAAGUUCGACAAACCAAUGUGCACCCAAUUCUUGCAACUCGAAAGAGAACAAGGUUAACCUAGCAACACUUUGCUGAAAUACCUAUAACUAAAAGAAUGCCAAAGAAUACGAAUCUAUAUGGCAUAUGAAUUUGCUACAGAGCUUAAGAAGCCAGGCACCCAUCCAUUUUCUGAAAUAAGCCAAAGCAAAGAUACGCUGUCAGAUAUCUGACAACUAUUAGUUGUUGGGAGAAACAACAAGACAGAAUGCCAACAUCCAGCUUUGGAGUAAUAUGCUGCGGCUGCCGGAAUCUUUCCAGGAACCAAAGAUGCUUGCAUUAAACCCUGUGAGUGCCAUCUGUUAUAUGCUUCUCCACAUCCCUUUCUCUGACUGACAUGGAGGGCUCUGUCAUGUUCCA